AUGACAACAGUCGCCGACUUCCACUCCACUCGCUACACCAGCUGGUGCCCGGAGCGCAAAGACAUCGACCAAUGGGCGAGCACUGUCGCAGAAGGCGGAGCUUCCCAGGACUGCCGCUUCCAGCCGCUGACGCUGCUGCCAGAGGAUCACGAGAACGGGGAGGCUUGUAACGAGUAUGACUACGCGGCGUGCGCGGAGGAGGACCUCGACGCGUACCUCGAGUCGCUUCCCAAGUCGAACCGCUGGACCGAGCUCGAAGCGUCGUGUGCGUGGCUGAACCAAGCCAACAUCCGCAUCGAGGAGCUCGACCUCACUCACGGCCUGCCUAGAGGCACCGUCUGUAACCACCGUCUUUAUCCAUCUCCUCUUCACACCCCCUCCCCGCACAGCUGGAGGCGUCGUGCGCGUGGCUGGACCAGGCCAACAUCCGCCAUCGAGGAGCUCGACCUCACGCACGGGCUGCCAGAGCACCUCGCGCCCAGACGCCAUAGCAAGGAGUUCGCGCUCAGGCCGAACCCGCAGCAGCAGAUUCACCACUCCCAGCCUCACAUCUUCACCGCUCCCCAUCCCUCACCACCAUGCCUCUUCCUCCCCUGGUGUACCCCAUGGCCAGUCCUCCUCCUACUCCUCCUCUCCGGGUGCCCCCUUUGA